AUGAGCGCUAGAAGGACGUUGGUUGACGGUAGUAGUCAUACAGAUGAUAAUAAUAACAAAGCAAAAGAUAUCAAUGGAAUAUCUUCAUCUACAUCAUUAAAACCAAAGUCUGAUGAUGAUGAAACCCAUAAUAAACAAGCAAUUGAAAAGUUGUCGGCUCAGAAGAAAGCUACUGCGCCAUUGCUAUCAGAUAGUGUACAAACGAAAGCCAAAGACAAUGAAGGAAAAGCUAAAAAACGAAAGAAAAAACAUAAAUCAUCUUCAACAAUCAAAGAGAAAGAUGAUGAGCAAAAACGUUCACAUCGUCAUCGGUCUGAAGCAAAAACAACAAGCGCAAACGUAACAAAUCUCCCGUUAUCAAAACAAUUGACUGUUCAAAAACAAAAUUUGUCAAUAGUUACACAUGAUCGUCAACAAACUUUCGACUUAUAUGAUGAUAUUGAACCGACAACAUCUACAAUACAAAAAACAAAUAUCUCACUCGAACAUUCGCCUCCACCGAUCAUGCCGACAAUAUUACGUAAUAAUUCUAGAAAUACACAGCGUGGCCCAAUUCUAUCACAUUUUGAACAGUUAGUUCCUUCAGUUAUUCGCAAUAAUAAUAAAUUAUCGAGCAGUACUUCAGUAGCGGCAAAUUAUGAGCCAAAUUUGAAAAAGUUUCGUGUGGAAGGGCAAGUAUGCAUAGGUCCUCAGCCACAACCAGCAAUAGCCGAUGAAGAAAGAAAAUUCGAAGAACAAAUAGCUCUAUUAGAAGCAAACAGUAAUAAUAUGAAAUGGGAUAGUAGUAACACAAGUGGCAGUGAUGAAGAUAAACAUAUUGAAAAAAUAUGUAAAAUGAAUCAUACAGAAACAAUCAGUGGUCCCAUUCAAUUUAAAUUUAAUCGUAGAAAAAGUCAGUUACUAAAAACUUCGCCGAUAACAGCCAGUCCUACGUCAGCAUUGUCGACCGAGAUAAAAACGAAAACAAAAAAGCAUCCAAAAUCUGCAUCAAAUGCCGAUUCACCAAAUAAAACAUCUACACGGCAUUCAUCAUCGUCACAGUCAUCAAGAAAUUCUUCACCUUCACGAACCAAGACAAAAAAACGAAAAAAAUCCGUAGAUCAGCAAAAGAGGAAAGAUGAUAAGAAACAUCAUCAUCACGAAGUGAAAAAAGAGCAUGACGAGAAAAAUGUUUCCAAAGAAGAUCAACAAGUUGACAACUCUACAUCAAAAGAAGUUUUAUUAAAUAAAGAAAAAACGAGUGGAGAUCAUGAACAAAAAUCAAUACGUCGCUCAACACGAUCAAGAACAUCAACAUCUCGUUCCAGCAGUCGUUCAAGCUCACGUUCGAGAUCACACAAAAAAUCAGGUGAAAACACUAAAAGGGGCAAAGGCCGUGGUCGCGAUGGUAGAAAUUCCAGACAACAACGAGGUCGUGGUGCUACAAAUGCAAGGGGUCGAGAUCGAUCUAAUUCAAAAGAUUUGAGAUUAAAUACAAGACGACCCCCUACACCUGUUCGAAAUGGAAAAUAUAAUAUGAACUUGACUCGUAAUAUGAAAAAGAUUCCAGUUAAAAAGAAUCCUAUUCCCAAAAUGGAAAAGCAGAACAGUAUAUUAUCAACAACAAACACAAAUACAGAUGCGAGUAAAUCACUUGUUAAUUCUCUCCCAACGAAUGACACACCAGUAUUGAACCCUGACAAUGGUGCCAUGCCAAUAAUAAAACAAGAAACAAUAGUUCUUACAGUUACUAACAAUCAAAAACAGUUGAUGGGAAAGAAGAGAGGAAAUGCAAAUAAAAAUCAAACACAGCAGCUGGCAGAAUUUGAACCAAUGAUUGGUCCUCAAUUGCCGCCGGAAUUAGAAAGAAAACUCAGCAAAGAUCAUCAAUUUACACCACCCGAUAUGGAUGCUUUAGAAAAUUUAGAAGUUUUUAAAGAUUUGCAAUAUCGUGCUGAAAUUCAUGCAGCUAAAAAUCAUGGUGAAAUAACCGAAGCGCAGGCCCAGGAGCUAAUUCAACAACUCGAAAACCAAAAGGCAUUCGUUCCUACGUUGGAUGUUUCCUUUUUACCAACUCAAUCUCCACAACAACCUACGCCCCUCUCUGCAAUAGCACUUGGUCCUAGUCCAACAAUAUCUAUGUUUCCUAUACCAUUACAAACUAAUACAAUUCCAUCGUCUACUUCCUCUCUUAUUUUUGACCAGCAAUCGUCUCCAUCCAGUACACCGUCUUCUAAUGAUAAUACGAGUAAUAUCAGCUAUAAUCAGCCAACAGCAACAACAGUUUAUACACAAGACGGUCCAGCAAUUAUAGUUCCAACAUCAACCAAUCAUCAUCAGAUACAAAUUAAUGGACAAACUGUUCUUAUACAAUCACAACAACCGCAACACUCUGUAUUAAUGCCAAGUACUCAUCAACCUCGAAUAUUUGCUAUACGCACUCCACAAGGCGCUAUUCAACAUGUAAUUGAAUAUCAACCGACACAAAUUGUACCACAGCCACAGCAAACACAGUACAUUCCAAUGAUUCGUCCAAAUGUUGUUCAACAAUUUCAGUUACAACAACAACAACAACAAAUUUUACAAGCUUCGAUGGCAGCGCAACAUGGUGUAUGUGGGCCAAUCUUACUACAAAAUCAAAUGGGUCAACUAGUUUUAGCUCAUCCAGCUCAGCAGCCGGCCGCUCAAGCGAUUCGUUUAGUUCAUGUUCCUUAUCUGUCGAAAUAA